GAGCUCCCUAGUGAUUGUGGUAUCUCAGUCCAUCCUCGGGGGAUCACUAAACUAGAUGCGAGUGUAAAACAAGAUGGCGAACGUGUACAACCUGUUUUCGGCUUUGAUGCUGGCGAUCCUUCUGAUGCCACAGACUGUUUCGGCCGCUACUGAAGAUCCUUUACAAGUGGAUUAUCCAAGUGUCAUUGUCCACGCUAAAGACAAUGGAAACUUCACUAUGAUGUCUGGAAUCAAUGGCGACAUAAAACUGUUGCCCGGCGUCAACAACUCCGGAAAGGUGUACUUUGAGGGAGAGGAUUUACUUUAUCUCAUCGAAGUCAUACUGAGCCAGCCCCCUGUAUGGUCAGAAUAUUCACCGUUCGGACACCUCGGAGAUUUCCAUGGAGGCGAGAGGGUGUACGUCCAAUUGGAAGCACUGGAUCCAGAAGGAGGUCAUGUGACGUAUUCUGUGGUAGCUGGUGAUCUUCCUCCGGGGAUAACACUUGAUCCGUCUUUAGGUGAAGUAAAAGGUUUGGCUCCAGAUGCUGACACGACAUACACCUUCACCGUGCGCGCUACUGAUUCACAUGGCAAAUACUCCGAUAACGUACUGCAGAUGAAGGUUAGAGGUAGUAAUUCGUGUACCAGUUCCACAUGUCGACACGAAGGAAUAUGUCAGGACCACGUGGGCGAUUUCUAUUGUACCUGUAUUCACCCGUACGGAGGCAAAACGUGCCAACAAGAUUGCCGAAGCCAUGGUCUAGGAGUGGACAGCCGACACAAAGUUGUGCCAGACGCCCACAUGUCGGCAUACAAAGUAUACAGUAGCUACUUAGCCUACAAUGGCCGUCUGUAUGGGUCUGGAUGGUAUGGAAUAGAUAGUCAAUCAUGGCUUCAGGUCGAUUUGGGAAACGUGACACAAAUCCAUGGUGUACAGAUGCAGGGCUGCACCAGCUAUUAUUACACAUCAAGGUUUAAUCUGCAAUUCAGCGUAGAUGGUAAUUCUUUCACUAAUUAUACCACAGAUGGCGUCAGUCCCAAGGCCUUCCCUGGGUAUGGGAAUGCCAACGUGUACAAGUCAUCGUUGGCCCGCCCUGUUGACGCACGGUACGUCCGAUUUGUGCCUACCCAGUGGAACCGCUCCUACAAACCUUGUAUGAAGGUGGAACUUCUGGGAUGUUACUACUUAUAACUUAAAUCUUUGAAUGUGCUUAUGUUUCGACAAUAAAAAUACGUUUUCUUGUA